AUGAAGUUCUUCAUUUUUACCUGCCUUUUGGCCGUUGCCCUUGCAAAGCAUAAGAUGGAACAUGUCUCCUCCAGUGAGGAAUCUAUCAAUAUCUCCCAGGAAACAUAUAAGCAGGAAAAGAAUAUGGCCCUUCAUCCCAGCAAGGAGAAACUUUGCACCACAUCCUGCGAGGAAGUUGUAAGGAACGCAAAUGAAGAGGAAUAUUCUAUCAGAUCAUCUAGUGAGGAAUCUGCUGAAGUUGCCCCAGAGGAAGUUAAGAUUAUUGUGGACGAUAAGCACUACCAGAAAGCACUGAAUGAAAUCAAUCAGUUUUAUCAGAAGUUCCCCCAGUAUCUCCAGUAUAUGUAUCAAGGUCCAAUUGUUUUGAACCCAUGGGAUCAGGUUAAGAGAAAUGCUGGCCCCUUUACUCCCACCGUGAACAGAGAGCAGCUCUCCACCAGUGAGGAAAAUUCAAAGAAGACCAUUGAUAUGGAAUCAACAGAAGUAUUCACUAAGAAAACUAAACUGACUGAAGAAGAAAAGAAUCGCCUAAAUUUUCUGAAAAAAAUCAGCCAGUAUUACCAGAAAUUUGCCUGGCCCCAGUAUCUCAAGACUGUUGAUCAGCAUCAGAAAGCUAUGAAGCCAUGGACUCAACCCAAGACAAACGCUAUUCCCUAUGUGUGCUACUGGAAAGCAUGCAACCAUGAACUAAAUUUCUACUGCUACUUCAUGCAAAGCAGCUGA